AUGGCCGAGGCGAUCCGAGUGCGAGACGGGAGUGUUCAACCCCAGGGAGUUGAUAUCUCGGGCCCGGAGGGUAACAUACCAAUAGCUCUAGCGGCAACAACGAAGGGACGACCCCGACCAGCGGGAACAACAACUCCAACACCACCACCGGCAACAGCGCCGGGACUCCCCCUUCCAGCGACGGACGCCGCCAGUACCUCGGACGGAGGGCCGCAGCUCCCCGCAGCAGGGGACGCGACCCCAAGGCUCCUGGAAUCGAGUGGACAUGAGUCUGGGGCCCGUGACUGUUGUGGCGGCAGCAGCGGCAGCGGCGGCGAAUCGGCAAUACCAAGCAGCUUCGAUGUCGUCGCCGACGACCUCGAAGACGCGUCGCUGCAGGGAGCCGUCACCGAGGUGGCGGGCGGGGGCUUAGGAGGAGCAGGAGGAGGAGGGACCCCUCCCAAGAACGGGCGUAGCGUAGCGAAAGCGAUGGCGGAAGCUAUCCUCGAUGAGGGUUAUAUCAAGAAGACCGGCACCGCUGCCGCUGCUCGGUCCCACCACCACCUCCGGCCGGCAACCAACAACGGGGAGCCAGCAGGAGCAGGAGCGCCGCGACGGGGCGACGGGGCACCAGCCGCCACCGCCGCCGUCGCGCCCCCUGCCUACGAAAGCUUCAGAAACAAUGCGGACGUCGGUGCGAGCGUGGCCUCCGGUGCCGGCGACAGCGGCGGGGUGGACGCCCCGUUCGGGCACGCCAUCAUCAUCGAGGAGCACGUUCAGGCCGGCGUCGUGCCCUCAUCACCGUUCUCUACAGCUGCCGCAGCAGUCCCUGACGCGGUUACCGUAGCGGACGGGGCGCCGCCGCCGCCACCGCCGCCGCCGCUCCCGGGGGGCGGCGCCUUUCCGACGUCCUCCGGCAGGCCGCCGGGGACCGAGGGCCGGGCAGCACACGCCGCCAACGGCGGGAUCGAUGCACGGUCUACUUUCGUUGCUACCGAGGGCGAGGACAUCGACGUCCGCGACAACGGCGGCGGCGGCGGCGGUGGCCUUUGGCCGGCUACGACGGGCCGGGGCGAGGGGAUCCCGGAAGCGGAGGGCGGCUGGGGCCACGUCGACACCAACGGGCUUCUCCAUGAAGACGACGACGAGGAGUUCGAGAAGAAGGGGAGGGGUGCUCCAGAAGGAGGCAUUUCUUCGCGGAGCGGCGGCGGCGGCGGUGGCGGCGAAGGGAUCGUCAACGGCGACCUAGGCCUGGGCAUGGCCCCGUUGUCGGUGUCGCCGCUGAAGGGCGGAGGGAGGCACAGAGACGCCGGGGAUGCCGACGGGCUCCCGGUUCUGAUUGACCUCGAGGAGGAGGGGGCGGAGGAGGUUAGCGGCGGUGACGAUGAGCUCCCCGGAGCGCGGAAGCUUUACCUGGCCGGCGGGAGGGGAGAUCACUACGCCGCUGCUGCUGCUUCCACCGCCGGUGGUAAGGGGGUGGUCGAUGAGACAGGUGACGACGACGGCGACGACGACGGAGACGACGGAGAUUCCUUCGGAGGUCAGGACGACGCCACGUUCGGGCAGUCCUGGGACGACCUCGUGGAGGGAGUGGCGGACGAGGGCGUUCUUCACGGCCACGGGAGGGCCGGACUGCCCGACCCCCUUGAGACCGACGCCUUGCUCGAGGAAGGGCGAAGCGAUCCCGCCGCUCCUCCUCCUCCUGACGGUUCGGGUGGUGUUGGUGGUGCAGACGUCAUGGCCUCUGACGGCCGUUUCGAAAGGGCCGGCGAGGAACAAGAAGGGGGCUUUCCACCGCAAGAGCAAGAGCAACCAGUACCGGGCGCAUCAUCCUCAGGCUUGGGCCCGACGCUUGUAGGCGCGAUGGCCGAAGCCAUCGGGGCCCGGCGGGGGGCUUCGCUUGAGCUCCUGGGCCACUUCCUUCGCGCUGGGGGAGGGGACGUGGAGAAGGCCGCGUCGCUGUAUGCGACCAUGGCUGACGAGUUUGUCGAGCUGAGAGAGAUGGCCAGGCGGAGGCACAUCAGGGCGCCUCCUCCUUCUCCCCCUCAAGGAGCACCAGCAGCGGCAGCGGCCCAUGGCCUGGCUGCCCCACCCGCGGAAGCAGGAUCAGCGGCGGUGGCGGGUGGCGGCUCGCAUCCAGCAGCAGAAGCAGCGAUAGAAGAAGGGGCUCCUGCAGCUGCGUUGGCCGAUGCGCCAAGACCGGGUGGCUCGGAGGAGGAGGAAGACGGGGCUGGUGGUGGCGGUACAGAUGAUGCCGGGGACAGCGACGCUGUGCCGCCCCCCGCGCAGGAGGUUGAGGGUCAGCAGGACGACCAGCUGCUGCCCCAGGAGCUGGACGUCGACUUCCCGUCGUUUGAGGCAGACCCGACGGACCUGGCCACCGGGAGAGACGAGUACUCGGUGACGAUUUCGUCCCAGAAGCUGGGGAUGACGGUGGAGAACGUGUUGGAGCGGACGGUGGUGAGGGCGGCGGCUCCCGGCGGCGGCGCUGAGGCGGCCGGCGUGGAGACCGGGUCCCUGCUCGUCGCCCUCGACGGCCAGUCGACCAAGAACUCGUCGCACUUUGAGGUGAUCGAGCUCCUGCGGGUGGCCAACCGGCCUCUCACGCUGCGCCUCCGGCCCGAAGAAGAGCAAGGGUCUAUCGUGCGCCUCCUGCUAGAGUUUUCCGGUCUCCUUGAGCGGGACUGGUGCAGGGCGAGGCGUGACGAACCCCAGGGCCAGAACGCCACGGACGGGAGCGGAAACCCCGGGGGCGGCGGGGCGGGGGCUGGGGCGGGGACCGCCGGUAGGCGCAUCGAGAACAUGGGGGUGCUGCUCGAGCAGCUGGCUCCGCUCUUGGACUGGGAAAGCGAGGCUGUUGCGGCGGUGGAGCCAGAGCUGCGCGAACUGCUGUGUGUCCUGCUAGACGCCGACCUGAGGUUCGACCUGUCCUCCACCAAGUAUCCGCACUUCGUCGGGGGCGCCGUGGCUGCAAUUUUGCAGGAGUCUCGUAGCGGGAUAGAAUCACUACCAUUAAUUCCAAUCAAAAGCUGCCGGACGAGCAGGCCGCUCUCGAAGCCCCCAGCUCUGGCCCAACGCCUCGUCUUGUCGAACUCCGUGUGUGCGAGAGGCGCGUGCUGCGCUCUGGUGGCCCAGACGUACAGCGUUCCUCCGUUGCCAAGGCAGCUCCAGUUCAGGGGCAUUUUGAGCCGGCUUCUGCACGACCGAACUCCCGGGGUCCGGGGAGAGGCGGUGAAGGCUCUCGCGCUCGUUGCGGCGGUGGCGGAUGCGUCUGCCGUACGGUGGCUCUUGCUCCUCGGAGAGCGAGCCUCGUUGGACAUCGACCUUUCCGUGCGGAGGGCGAGCGUGGACAGCCUCCUGCAGAUCGGGCACCGCCUUGUAGGAGUGCUUGGCGAGUCCACCCCGCGAUCGCAGCGGCAGCAACGGCAAGGAGACCAUGAUCAACACCAGCAAGAAGACCAGGAGCCGGUUGAUGAACAACAGCAUGACGCCGGUGGCAUGUCGACCUCCUCGGCCUCAAGCGCCAGGAGGGGGAGGGAGGGGCACGCCCUCAGGUGCAAGGUUAUGCCGAUACUCGUCAGGCUUGCGGGGGACAACGACUGGCAGGUGCGGGUGGAGAUCGCCUGCAGGCUGGACUCGCUGUGCGUGGCGCUGGGCGAGCAGUGGUCGGUGGUGACCGCUGAGAUACUCCCGGCCCUGGUCGCGGACAUCGACCCCGACGUCCGCUGCGAGGCGAUUCGAUGCCUGCCACGGCUGGCCAGGAUCCUCCUCGGCUUCGCCAUGUCAGGGUAUGCCGAGCAACAGCAGCAGCAACAGCAGUCGCCCUCCACGGCUCCCGAUCCCGCUAGGUCGGCCUUGGGUGACGACCCGGCCGUUUCUUCCGCCGCCGCCGCCGCCGCCGCCCGCGGGCAAGAGGAAGAGGUCGUGCUUGGCGAGGAGGCGUUUUUGGUGCCUUCGCCGGUGCCGCCGGCAGCGGAGGCCGGGGGGGACAGCGGCAAGACCUACCACGGUUACACCGAUGCCAACGACGCCGACAGAAGCAGCCGCGACGAGACCGGAGCGCCAGAACAGCAGCCGGCCAGAGACGAUGCGGGGACGGAGGGCCAGCGUUCUUCCUCUGCCGUCGCUUCUGAAUCUGGCCAAAUCGGCGGCGGCGGCGGAGGCUCUGCCACAGCCGGCGCUGCCACCGGCGCUGACGACAGCGGGGUUGUCGGCGAAACUGGUGGGGACGGCGGCGAGGUGGGCGGGGCGGGGGCGGACGCGCCACCCGGCGGCGGGAUGGCUGCGGCGGCAGAAGACGGCGGCAGCGGCUACCAGGGGGGCGUGAGAGGGAGGUUAACCCUGGCCGGGCGCAAGGCCCGGAAGGGUAUCCUCGGCGCUCUCAUGCCGGCGGCGGGGUGCCUGAUCGACGACCCCGCCGCCGAGGUCAGGGGCACGGCGGCCGUUACCCUUGGCGAGAUGCUCCGCCUCAUGGUCGGGUUCGAGGACUACGUUGCGACGCUUGCCUCGACGGCAAGGAGCAGCUCCUCUGCGGUCCGGGCGGGGGGGGGCGACCCUACCAGCGGCAGCGGCGGCGCGGCUGUGGGAGAGGACGCGGCAGGCGGCGUCGGAGGAGCUGCUGCUGCUGCUGCCGGUGGCGGCAUGGAGACGUGCUGCUGCGUUUCAGGGGGGGGCGAUAGUGACGGCGGCGAUGGUGCGGUGGACGUUGGGUUUGGACCGCGGCCUCGGCGGCGUGUCUGCCACGGGAGGGCCAUGCGGGCGGCGGUGGCGGCGGCGGCGGCGGCCGCCGAUGCCGUUGCUGAGGCCGCGAUGACGGCGGAGCUGAUCGACCUCGCCGGCUUCGAGACCGCGGGGGACGGGAGUGACAGGACGGCGGGUCUGGACGAUGCGGACAGCAAGGGCGCCGCCGGUGCCGCCGUCCAAGUCAUGGCACCGACGACUUCCGGCGGGGAGCAGCAAGGAGAGGGGGAGGUGGUGGGGGGGCUUCCGUUCGCGAAGCACGACGACGUGGACGCCGGGGGACGUGAGCUGGUUGCCCUCUGCGAGCCGGCCGCGUUGCUUGAGGACGGUGGGGGCGACCGCUCGGAGGAGGGUGUGGAGACCCCCGCCGAAGAGGACUCUUCUGAGAAACAUUCUGAGGAACGUUCUUCGAGAGAUGAUUAUCUUCCUCCUCCGCGAUCUCUUAGCGCCGCCGGCGACGCUCCCGUGUCGGUGAGUCUUGAGGACGAUUCGACGCCGCCGCCUGAUUAUGAUGACGUCCUCCGGGGGAGAGACAGGGCAGGUGGCGGUAGCGCUGGCGCGGAGAGACUAGUUGACGGCUCGGGAGCAACUGCCGGCGAAGAACGCCGGCAGCAGCAGGAAGGAGGAGGCGUUGGUGCGGCAGCGGCGGCGGCGGCGGCGGCGGCGACGGCGACGCCCGACGAGAGGCUCGACCUUUCCCUGCGGGACGACCACGACGAGGAGGACUGCGGAGGCGGAGGCAGCCUUGGCAGCGAUGACGCCGUCAACGGCUGUGAUGACCUCGGCGAACCGCUUCUCCCCUCUAACGCUCCGGGGGCCACUGCUGUUGUCGGUGGUGGUGGCGGCGGCGGCGGCGCUAGCGCCUCCGCAGCAGCGGAAGACGACGACGACGGCGAUGACAGCGCGGGUCCCAACAACAACAACAACGACCCCCUGAUCGUCCUCGUGACGAGGCUCCUCCUGGACGCCGACGCGAACGUCGCGUGCACCAUGUUGCAGGUGGCGGGGGGAGAGGCAACCGGGUGUGUGGGCACGGGCGAUGCCGGGGAUGGACAAGGGCACGAGGGUUUAGCGGUCGGCGGCGGUGACUGUGCCGAUCAAGGUGGCGAGUUCCGGGAGUGUGGGGGCGGCGGCGGCGGCGGGAGCACCGCUGGUGGCGGCGGCGGUGGCGGGACGCCGGUUCUGAGACGAAGCUGCUUGUUGACGCCGGCGCAGGUCGGGUGCGUUUUGCCCGCCUUGGCCGAGCUGUACGGCAGUCCCCUGUGGAGGGUAAGGGCCGCGGUAGCGGAGGCGCUUCCGUCCUUGGUGUCUAGCACCCUGUGCAACCUAUUGAGGGACGAGGUGCUGCACCUGAGUCGCCGCAUGCUCUUCGACCGGGUGGACGCGGUCCGCCGCUCCGCCGCGGAGCAGCUGAUCAUGGCGGCGAGAAUAGACCUCGACCGGUGCCCUCUGCGACUGCUCCACCACGUGCCGGGCGCCUGCCCCGGCCAGGACGGCGGCCUGCCGAGCUUGUCGUCUUCGCCGUCCGCGGCGGUGGCGGCGGUUACAACAGCGGGAGUUGCUCCUGAUGCGGGGGCGGGAUCGGCGGGGAGUCUCGUUGUGCCGCUCAAGGGAGAAGAAGAAUCGCCGCAGCUAGCUACCGGUGGGGCGGCGGGAGGUGGCUCGAGCGGCAGCCUGGCGGCCGCGGAGGCGGCGGCGUCGGCGUUCCCGGACAGCGGUGGUGGUGACGCCGAGGUUAGAAUAGAGGAGCCUCCGAACGGCGGAGGAGCCGCCGCUGCCGCCGCGGAGAAGACGCCAGGGGGGGGAGAGAGAGAGAGCGGCGGAGCCCCCGCGGGAGAUUGUUUAGACGUUAGUGGGGGCGGCGACGGGGGCGGGGCGAGAAGCGAGGGCGUGCCUGUGGAGGAGCCGUGGGAUAGGGCGGGCGCUUGCGGGCUGUGGCUGCGCUUGGUUGUCGUGCCUCUGGUGGUGGAGUGUCUGGAGGGCUCUUAUCGAACGAAGCUUCUGGCCCUUCACAUGACACAGGCCGCGUUUCGCCUGGGGGUCACCACCCCGGCGGUGAUGUCGUCGGUGGUGGUACCUGUCCUCCUGCGAGGUCUGCGGGACCCCCUGCCAAAACGUCCGGCUAUCCGCGGCGCGCGUGGCCGACGACAUCCUGUCCGUGGCGGCAAUGUCCUCCUGGCCUCCCCCCGGGGGGAGGGGGGGGGGGUCCCCGGCGGCGACGGCGAGCCCCCCUGCGGGAGAAGAAGAAGGAUUAGCGGCGAGUGGCGGGGGUGGUAG